AUUUUUGCAAAAAUCUCGGCUUGAUUCUGGAUUAAACCGGUCCGGUUAUUAAGGCAAGCAGUGCGUAAACCGGGUCCAGGAAAAUCAAAGGUUGAAUUAGAAGCAACGGGGGAGGGGCGGGUAGGCGACGGGUGGAGGGGAAGACGAAGUGGUCGAGGUCCGUGAUCUCUCGCGCGCAUGUCGCCACCAUCUCCGCCCUCCCGCUGCUUCUGCUCUCCUCAUUUGACCUUUAUCCAUCGCAUUCCUCGCAUUCCUACACUUUUCCUUCCCUCAGUCCAUCUUCACCCCUCCUCCUGCCGCUCGUCGAUUCACCCAUGGAGGAGAAGAAGGAUGAGGAGGACGCCGCCGGAGAUUUGGUGGCGCGUCCCCCUUACCGGAAAGGGAUCUCCUACAGCCAGCCUUUCAACCUGGACGCUUUCCUCCCUGGUGCCGCCCGCCGCAACGCCACCCGCAAGCAGAACCUCGGCGGCGACGACCCAACCACUCGCCGCCACUGCUACACCAGUGAUGAAUCGGCGCCUUGCUCCUCCGGUAACUCCUCCCGCCGCGCCAACCGCCGCCACCAGUCCGCCUCCCUCGAGGAGACCGGCUUCCACCCUCCACCGCCCCCCACCCAAUCCCUACACGCCAGUCUUGGCGGAUCCUUCGGAAACCACCACUGCGACGACUCCGACGGGGACGGAACCCUAACCCUAGAUCGCGCCAUGUUCGAGUUCGGAGGCUCCCCCGGCACGGUGCCCGAGUUCAUGGGCAGCGGCGGCGGCGUCGGCAUAUUCCGCGUUCCGGCCCGCGCUGCCAUGCACACCGGCCGCCCUCCUGCGCUCGAGGUGCGCCCCCACCCGCUGCGCGAAACCCAGGCAGGGUCCUUCCUCCGCAUCAUCGCCUGCGUCGGGUCGCAGCUCUGGGCCGGUCAGGAGUCCGGCCUCCGGGUUUGGAACCUCAAGAGUGUGUUCGAAAACUGGGAGCCCGGGGUCAUGGCAAGGAAAGGUGAUGAGAAGAGCGCGCCGUUCAACGAGUCUUGUCGCGCGUCGCCGACUCUGUGCUUGGCGGUGGACGCUGCUAAUGGCUUGAUCUGGAGCGGUCACAAGGAUGGAAAGAUCAGGUCUUGGAAAAUGGAAUUACCCUUCGCUGCUUCAGAUGAUCCUGUCUCUGGUUCGACUGCUGCUGCGAGUAAUAGUGGUUGUGGCGGUUGCCUUCCGUUCAGAGAAGGUCUUUCAUGGCAGGCACACCAUCGAUCUCCUGUGCUAUCUAUGGUUAUCACAUCUUAUGGUGAAAUAUGGUCUGGUUCUGAUGGUGGAGCUAUAAAGGUAUGGCCAUGGGAUGCCAUUGGCAAGGCCCUUUCUCUCAAAGCAGAAGAAAGACAUAUUGCUGCUUUACUAAUGGAGAGGUCGUACAUUGACCUAAGGAGCAAAUUUACUGUGAAUGGUGUUUGCACCUUACCUUCUUUUGAUGUAAAAUAUAUGGCAUCUGAUGAUUGUAGCUCUAAAGUGUGGAGUGCUGGUAGUCUAUCCUUUGCAUUAUGGGAUUCCCAUUCUAGGGAUCUAUUGAAAGUGUUUGGUAUUGAUGGACAGGUAGAGACUAGGCUUGAUCUACCAUCUGCACAAGAUUUGAAUGUUGAAGAUGAAAUGAAGACAAAAUCUGUUUCAUCAUCAAAGAAGGAAAAGUCUCAAGGUUCAGUUAGCUUUUUUCAACGUUCUCGUAAUGCCCUGAUGGGAGCAGCUGAUGUUGUUCGCAGAGUUGCUGUUAAAGGAACAUCGAUUAUGGAAGAUCAGCGGAGAACAGAAGCCAUAGCUGUAUCAAUGGUUGGCAUGAUCUGGACUGGAUGCUCAAAUGGCUCUGUAGUCCAGUGGGACGGAAAUGGCAACCGGAUGCAAGAGUGUCAGCAUCACUCUUCUUCUGUUAAGUCAAUUUGUACGUAUGGACCAAGGGUGUGGGUGGGCUAUGCCAGUGGCAAAGUUCAGAUUAUGGAUCUUGAUGGGAAUCUGCUUGGAGAAUGGAUUGCACAUAGCAGUGCAGUCAUCAAAAUGGCCAUAGGAGGCUCAUAUAUGUAUACAUUGGCACAUCAUGGUGGCAUUCGUGGGUGGAAUAUCAGAUCUUCUGGGCCACUUGAUGAUUUAUUACGAACAGAGUUGGCUAAUAAGGAGCAGUCUUAUAUGAAAUUGGAAAAUAUUAAGAUCUUGGUUGGAACUUGGAAUGUCGGUCAAGGAAGAGCAUCUCCUAAUUCACUUAUUUCUUGGUUGGGUAGUGCAGCAUCAGAGGUUGGAUUAGUAGUUGUUGGAUUGCAAGAGGUGGAAAUGGGUGCUGGAUUCCUAGCAAUGGCUGCUGCUAAAGAGACUGUAGGACUCGAAGGGAGUGGUAAUGGUCAAUGGUGGUUGAAUGCAAUUGGCAAGACCUUAGAUGAAGGAUCAUCUUUUCAGCGUGUUGGUUCUAGGCAAUUGGCAGGGUUACUCAUUGCUGCAUGGGCUAGGAAGGGCCUUAGGCAAUAUAUUGGUGAUGUUGAUGCUGCAGCUGCACCGUGUGGAUUUGGGCGUGCUAUUGGUAACAAGGGUGCUGUAGGUUUGAGGAUGAGGGUCUAUGAUCGUUCCAUAUGUUUUGUGAAUUGCCAUUUUGCUGCACAUCUGGAAGCUGUUAGUAGGAGAAAUGCUGACUUUGAUCAUGUUUAUCGAACCUUGUCUUUCAGUCGGCCAACUACAGGGGCUCAUGGAGCUUCAGCUGGUCCUACAUCUGUCCAACUUCGUGGAGUGAAUGCUGUGGGAUCUCAAUCUGAUGAUGGCAAACCCGAAUUGUCUGAAGCUGACAUGGUGGUUUUUCUUGGUGAUUUUAAUUACCGGCUUAAUAGCAUCACUUACGAUGAAGCUAGAGACAUGAUUUCUCAAAGGUGUUUUGAUUGGCUUAGAGACAAGGAUCAACUCCGAGCAGAAAUGAAGGCAGGCAGAGUCUUCCAAGGAAUGCGUGAAGGGCAAAUAAAAUUUCCCCCUACAUACAAGUUUGAAAGGAACCAGCCAGGUUUAUCAGGAUAUGAUUCUGGUGAGAAGAAGCGUAUUCCUGCUUGGUGCGAUAGGAUACUGUAUCGUGAUAGCCGUUCAAUCUCCGCAGCUGAUUGCUCUUCAGAGUGUCCUGUAGUUUCAUCAAUAGCUAUGUAUGAAGCAUGUAUGGAUGUUACCGAAAGUGAUCACAAACCUGUGAGGUGCAUAUUCUGUGUGGAAAUUUCACAUGCUGAUGAGUUUAUAAGGAGGCAAGAGUAUGGCCACGUAAUUGCAUCAAAUGACAAAAUAAAAUCCUUUAUUGAAGAAUGUUAUGUUGUUCCAGAAACUACUGUUAGCACAGAUAACAUUAUUCUACAAGACCAAGAAGCUUCGCUUUUGGGUAUCUCAAAUAAAUGUGACAAAUACAAUGCUGUUUUCAAAAUCAUUUGUGAAGGGCAAUCCAAUGUGGGAGCAGAAAAUUCAAUGGAAUUCUCUGCAAGUUGUUCCUUUGGCUUUCCUUUCUGGCUUGAGGUUCAACCAGCAGUUGGCAUAAUCAAACCUGGAGAGUCAAUAGAAGUUUCUGUUCAUCUCGAUGAAUUUUGCACCAAGGAAGAGACUGUUGAUGGAAUACCUCAGAAUUGGCAGUGCCAAGAUACCAUGGAGAAAGAAGCAGUAUUACUAGUUGUCGUCACAGGCACUGACUCAACGGAGAGCACAAGUCAACGGAUCUAUGUACGGCAUUGUUUCUCCAUCAGUUCUGAUGAAGUUGGUCAAAAAGUUCCAUCGAGAAGAAUUCAGUCUAUCAAUCAGCAUGGAUCCGAUGGUUCUAAAACUCUAUCAGAUGUGACUUCUGGGUUCAACAAUAUAAUAGUUCCAUGAGGUCGCACAUCAAAACUAUCUUUUAUAGUCUAACUCAUCCCUUUCUAAAUUCAAGUUCCAUGAAAUAGAAAUCCUAAUCAGAUCUUUUCUAGCAAUCGCAAGGUCCUGCAGGUGUAAUUUGUAAAUGUAACUCAUUAGAAGUUUCUGUAUUCUUUUUUCUUUUUUCUUUUUGUUGUCAUGGAAUUUACAGAUUGACACUAGCUCUGUGAAUUAGAUUAAGCAGGUAGCAUGCUAAUUGGAUUAGGCGGCAUGUAUACCGACCAUUGUCUGGAUAAAAAGAUGCUGCUCUCGUCUCUUCGACAGUGAGAAAUGAAAAACAUAUCAAGAUCUCA